AUGUCUGUCGACAGUCUGGCGCAGCUGCCAUAUGAGAUCGCCACGGGCAUCUUCUCGUGCGGGCUUCUAAAUGCAGCGGAUUUGGAGUUGGCUUCUGGCGUGUCCAGAGCUUGGCGCCAGAUAUGCCACGAUGACUCAAUGUGGCAUAAGGCUGCAUGGACGUGGAAAUUGGUCAAGGACCUGGAUACGACUCUGGAGGCAGUCAAGGCAUCUUUCAUCGACGAGAAUCGAUAUUUUGCUCCGGCAAGAACCUGGCGGGAGUUUUGCAUCGCGUACGAAGCGCUCGAGAAGCAACUCGGCUGGGACGCUGCUGCUCAACCGUUCCGUUAUCCCGACGAUUCGCUUGCAGCAAACCACGGAGUCGAAGGCGGUGGAAAAGCCCUCUUCCCCUCAAUUUGCCGAAGGUUUCACGCAGCAAAUGGCGAGAUUGGAUGGGGGUCAACCCAUGGAGUCUUUCAAGACUUGUGGCGCAUGAAGAUCAUACAGGAGGACCAGACGAUCGUAUCGACCGGCAAGGGCGGUGGUAUUCGUGUGACUGAUCUGAGAACGCACGAGCUCCUGUGGAGUAUACCGCCAGAAAUGACAAAGCGAUUUCCUCACCUGGAAGCGGAUAAUACAUUCAUCGUCUGGGAUAUGUGGGCCCAGAAUAGCAACGACCAGUUCUACGUCUACAAGGCAGAGACCAAGUAUGAUGACCCGCCUGUAUCACCGCGUAGAGGCCACUACAGACCGUACGCAGUACUUGCGCAUGAGCAGGGCAUCCAUGCAUAUCGAUUCAAGUAUCCCUAUCUCGCAGCUGCAACUGCCAACCAAAAGAUCGUGUUCUGGGACUUGGAGGCCAAGCAAAAGGUCAAAAUCCUCGACAUCUCCCCCACGCGACUGACUCCUUUCAGCCUGACUUAUAUCGAUUUUGACGAUCAGUACCUCUUCGUCACUGGAACUGGGCAGCUUGAUAUUCACAUCUUCAAUCGCACUUCGGAAGCAUACCUAUGGAGUAUGCUGAAAUAUUUCGAGAAGGGUGGAAAGAUUCCCUCGGGGUUCCAAAUGGAGUUCAAGGUUCCGCCAGGAGCGUCCACACCGGGCCGAUGGUUCGAGCGCUUGGCCAAGACAAGUAUUGGCGGGGAUGCGCUUGGGGCUUCCCUCAGACCGUCCGGAGUCAAUGUCAGGACCAGGGACACGCCUCCUGAGAGACUCAGACACCGGUGGCUUGAGUUCUUUAACAUGGGUCAAAGACUACAUGAUAUCCGCGGGUGGGAAGCAAUUCACAUGUGUGAAGAGACGAACACGCUCCUUAUCGUCUCUGAAAUGGUUUUAUUUGUCCUACGCGAUUACAAAAAAACCUGCAUCGAUCCGAACUACAAACCGGAAAUGUUGGUGUUCUUCCUACGAGAUCCGUGGCGUAGUUUGCACACGCCACGGAUUCAACGUCAAUUCCAAGAAGACGAUUUUCUUCCAACGGCGCUGUCAGUGUGUUCGGGUCGCGCCCUCUGGUACUCUCAAAAGCCUUACUUGGUCGACUUCAAGCAUGCGCGUGAGCUCAAAGACAUCAAAGUGUACCUGCUUGACCAACUGACCCAGGAGGAACAGCUUGGGCACUUGGACAUGCAACCGAGAGAUGCAAUCUGUGACUACAAGCUCUCGCAGUUGCCUGGUCCUCACUAUCGCACGGGACCGCACCAGUGUUCCUGCGUCGUGCUCACAAACACUGCUGCGUAUAUGGUCGAAGAGCAGUACAUCGCACCCACCUUUCAUGGCGGACGCGACAGCAUAAGGGGGUGCAGCGGGCCCGUAGCAGAUGGCGUAUGGUCCUACACUCAUGUGCGGUGCUACGACUGGGGUAGGAGCGCGCUGGAAAGGGUUGAUCCUGCGCGUUGCAUGGAGGAGCUGGCGCGGUUCAAGCAGCCACCGAAGUAUGAAGGCCCGAUGCCGUUCGAAGAUACACCAUCGAGUGCACAAAUCCAAGCAUUUUACCGCCAGACUUAA